CAUGGUGUUCUUUAUUGGAAGGUUCAUGCAGGAAAUCGAUCAAUUCCUAUUGGAAAAAGAUGAAAAACAUGGCCUAAAAACAAAYUACUCAAACGAUUUUUGGAACAAACUUGAUGCUCUCACGAUAGUUCUGUACGUCAUUACUUUCAUUUUCCGUCUUGUCACGUGGUCAGUUACGUCACGGAUCAUAGAGAAUGACUGGCUUGUCGGGUCAUCGUGCUUGUAUGGCAUUAACGCCGCUUUGCUAAGUUUGAGRGUCUUUGGACAGACAAUGGAAGUGAAACAAGCAACUGGGACAAAGCAGAUUGCCUURYUSCGCAUAAUCAGUGCCGUUUUUGUGAUCUUCGUACAGAUGGUUGCAGCCAUUUUAGCAUUCUCUUUGAUACUUACAAAAAUAUAUGUCAGUGAUAUCUCAUACGUGGGAAGGAAAACAUCUCAUGGAGUGUGCUCGUCCUCUGAUGGAAUCCUUUGUUGGUGGCUCUUUAUUGAGUUCCUUGCAUGGUCUGCAGUCGGGUCUAGCGAUCCAGAUUUGCUAACAUUGACAACUGCUGCAUCAAACUAUAUCAGCAAGUCCAUUUACAUGUUGUUUCUAAUUGUUGUUGCUGUCAUGAUCAUGAACAUGUUGAUCGCCCUUUUAUCAAAUAUUUAUCAGUUGGUAGAGGAAAAUGCAUACGCAGAGUGGUGUUACAGAAAGGCAUGUCUGAUCAAGACAUACCGUAAUUAUCACCCAGUUCCAGUCCCUUUCAACAUCAUUACUCUCUCCAUCAAGCUGUUUUGUGUACUUCUGUUAAAACUCGAACGUAGAGUUCAAUGCGUAGAAGAAUUUAAACUACGGGAAAAGCAUCGUGUAGAGGACCAAGACAACGUCAAAAAACUUUUGAGAAAAAGAUGCAAGUUGCUCAGUGCCGAAUAUCUGGCGGAGUUUGGGAAUUCCUUUCCUCUUCAAGAAUCGCCAGAAGAAAAGAUAUUGAUAAGAAAUCAACGAUUACUGAGGCACAUUGUUAGAGAAGUUUAUUCAGGGGAAACUCAAUUAAACAAAACAUCUGAAUGGCAUGUUGUUGAUGAUAAGAGACCAGUGUCGUUUGGGAACCAAAGAUUGUACAUUCAGAAAUGCAAUGAAUGCAAUAAAGAUGCUCACGACAAUGCCGAUGGAAACCCUUAUUGCACUCAUUCAGUUCGUAAUGAAGUCAAACUUUCCAGGGAGAGACCUGGAUUCGAGAUCCUCAUCGAAUACGGUGGUAAGAGGCAUUAUCUUGGAAUAGGACUAACGUCCAAACAAUAUGGAAAUUACUUCCCAGGAAGAAAAAGAAACAGCGUUGGAUAUCACGCUCAUACCGGUGCAAUCCUUGCCGAGAAAGAUCUUAGUGACGAGGAAAGUCCUGACGAAACCAUUCAAGGAAUCAACCCUUUCCCUGACACUGGUUCYAUGAUAGGCUGCASAGUGUUGUUUGACGAACCGGCAACGGAYGAUGGKUAUUUAACAGUAGARUUCACCCGUAACAGACGACUGCUYGGAAAAGCUCUCGCAAAACCUGAAAACCUCCAUCCAUUUGUAGCAAUGGGUCAUCCAGGGAUCAAAUUGUUAUUCAGGUUUGUAAAAGACGCAUCUCCGAAKGAAAAAGAUGAAUUGUCAAACCAGAAAGCUAUCCAUCGUUUGAACGAGGAAAUGGGGGCACUUAAAGAAAUCUGUCRGCAUCUUCAGCGWCAAAAYGAGGAAAUGAAAGAAUUGCUUCUGCAAAACUAUCGUAGUAUGGAUGGGAARCGUUGAAAAGAGAUUGAAUUGGUUUACAAAGACGUCGAUCAUAUAUGCAUGGAGUGUAUAUAUGUACAUGUAGAGGAAGASAGAUAAAACAAUCAGACCAUAUGUACAUAUGGGUGUACGAUGUGUCCAAGUCAAAUAAUCUCAAAUGGCCUCCCACUUACUAUCAAUGAUGAUCAUUAACAAUUAUACCAAGAGGUCGAGUGGACCAUAAACUUGUAGCUCACGAGACCGAUAGUAUCCACAAGAACACAAAGAGCAAAUUUCUCAUUUGUUCGACCAUUUCAGUUCAUUCAAUGUGGCCAUGGUAUAGCAUGAAUAUACCAUAGUUCAGUACAUAAUCCGAUGCUAAAUUUGUAAUAGCCCAUAGUUUGGUGGAUACUGAUAACAUUUAUUCGCACUAUGCAUGUAGUGAUACUAGUAUGCGUACACCUCAUUCUUCAAACCAAGAAGGUUAUCAUAAAACAAGCAACCCCCUCCCUCCCCCCCCCCCAAAAAAAAAAGCGAAGAGAAGAAAAAGAUACAAAGGACUAGUUCAACUCAUCAGUGGAGUGAUUCUUAAUUGUUUAAGAACUCUUUCAGUUUUCGACUUGAUUUUUCAACCUUCUAUUUUCAUAUGAGUUUUGUAAAAUUAGGUGUACAAAUACCUUUUAAUGWUCUUGCUGACAAGGCUCUAGCCUUUUUAAUGAUGGCAUUUUAAGAACGGUCCAUGAUCAUGAUCCAUGAUCCCACCUCCUGAAUCCCGUCAUUGAUGUGUAAAUGAAAUAAUGACGUAUGAAUCAUUCAGAGACGCAGGGAGAGAGGGGGUUGGCCAGCCCCCUCCCCCAUAAAUAGUAAUGUAAAAAUUUAAAUCAUUUUUGAAACUUAAAAUUUGUACCAUUCGUAAUCUUAUUAUGUUAAAUUAARUAUCUAAAAUCAACUGCUUCAGAAUUAACGCAGUCAUAGUUCUUUGCACAAAAGUUAAACUAUACAUUGAAUCUAAAUUAUAAUUGACCCCUCCUCCCACUGAAUAAAAACGCCGCGUCGAUGUCCCUGUCAGGCAGAAUCAUUCCUCAGUGUAUGGCAACGGAUAGGAUAAAGACAUGUUUGAAAUGUCACCUGGUAAUUAAAACAUUCUCAUCAUAAGUUUAUUAACAAUUCAGAGAAAUGAAUAAAAAGCAUCAACAAACUC